GGAGGAGUAGCUCAGAACCUCAGAUAGCUCGGGGAGCGAAAGAGAGAGAGACCGACGCGCAUCCUCAUCCUCCCCGCCUCAAACUCGCGUCGCGGGGACGUGUCCGUUCACACGAGUAUUCUGCGUAGCCACGUCGCCGGUGUGCGGUAGCGGUAGCGGUAGCGGUAGCAGCCAGGGCCCAGGGCUGCUUCUCGCCCCUUCCAAAAUCCCGAGCUUUUCCCCGGUUUCGACCCUUCGUUUUCCUCCGCUUCCUCCUCUGCUCCACUGCUUCAGGAAUAGGUGCCUCAGGAAUAUAGGUAGACGGAGAAAAAAAAACACAGAGAGAGAGAGAGACGGAGGGGAGGCAUCGAAAUUCCGAAUCCCCACCUCGCCGCUCCCACCACCACCGCGGAUUGCGUCCCGUUCGAUUGCGCAGGAGUUUCUGUUCCAGGAUGAGCACCGAGUCAGGAGAGCUGCUCGGGAUCGACCCCGUCGACCUCCGGUUCCCAUUCGAGUUAAAUAAGCAGAUCUCCUGCACGCUGCAGCUGACGAACAAGACAGACAAGCAGGUCGCGUUCAAGGUCAAGACAACGAGCCCCAAAAAGUACUGUGUUCGGCCAAACAACGGCAUGGUGGCGCCCCGGUCCAAAGCUGACGUUGUUGUCACAAUGCAAGCGCAGCGGGACGCGCCACCGGACAUGCAUUGCAAGGACAAAUUCCUUGUGCAGAGCGCCAUCGUGGCCAAGGAGACCAUGCCGAAGGAAGUCACUGGAGACAUGUUUACCAAAGAUUCAGGCAAUAUAGUGGAUGAAGUGAAGUUGAAGGUAGUUUAUACAGCGCCAUCGUCCUCUCAAAGCGAGGGAUUUGAGGAUGGUAAUCUCGGCAGUUUGAGUUAUCAAGAGGAAACAAAAGAACCCAAAGAAUCAGAAAAAAUAAUCUCUGAGCCAUUUGCUUUGAUUUCGAAACUGAUGGAGGAGAAGAAUUCUGCUGUUGAGCUGAACAACAAGCUUCGACAAGAAUUGGACCUUCUGAGGCGAGACAUCAGCAGGCAGCAUGGUGGUUUCUCAUUAGUUUUAGUACUGGUGGUUGCUAUUCUGGGAAUACUGCUAGGGUUCCUCAUGAAGAGAUGAGCGCAUGUAAUGACUUAUCUUGUCUGGCUUUUCUGAACUAAACAAAAUUG